AUGACCAUCGCCCAAAAGACCCACACCGAGCUGGCCGUCCCCGGCAUCGGCAGCAUCACGAUCCCAGUCGGACUCUUCAUCGACAACGAAUGGGUUCUCCCCGCCAACGGUGAAACCUUUGGCACAGUCAACCCCGCGACCGGCAAGCCGCUCGUCGACGUCGCCCACGCGUCGGCGGAGGACGUCGACCGCGCAGUCAAGUCUGCGCGCGAGGCGUUCCACACUCGCUGGGGACUGCGGGUUACUGGCGCCGAGCGCGGCCGGCUGCUCAACCGCCUCGCCGACCUGAUCGAGCGCGACGCCAAGACUAUCGCAGCCCUCGAGUCGCUCAACGCCGGCAAGGGCAUCUCCAAGGCCACGAACGGUGAUGUGGCCGGCACGGUGUCUACGCUGCGCUACUACGCUGGCCUGGCGGACAAGUUCUACGGGCAGACGAUCAACCAGUUUGGCCCAGACGCCAUCGCGUACACGCUCCACCAGCCGAUCGGGGUCUGCGGCCAGAUCAUUCCGUGGAACUACCCGCUCAUGAUGUGGUCGUGGAAGGUCGCCCCUGCUCUGGCUGCGGGGUGCACCAUCGUCAUGAAGCCGUCCGAGCUGACGCCGCUCACCGCGCUGUACAUGUGCGACCUGGUCAAGGAGGCUGGUAUCCCCGCGGGUGUGAUCAACACUGUGCCCGGUCUCGGCGCGACCACUGGCGAAGCCAUCUCGCGGCACAUGGACAUUGACAAGGUUGCCUUCACAGGCUCGGUCGCUACCGGCCGGCGUAUCUCGGUCGCUGCCGCCGAGUCCAACCUCAAGAAGGUGACCCUCGAGCUGGGCGGCAAGUCGCCGUCGCUCGUCUUCCCCUCGGCCGACUUGGAGCAAGCCGCCGCCUGGACGGCCAUGGGCAUCUUCUGGAACUCGGGGCAGGACUGCUGUGCCUCGUCACGUAUUUACGUCCACGAGAGCGUGUACGACGAGUUUGUGCGCCUUCUCAAGGCCAAAGCCGAGACGUGCGCAAUCGGCCAGCCGAGCGACCCCGCGACGUCGUUCGGUCCCCUCAUUUCCGCCGGGCAGAGGGACAAGGUGCUGUCAUACAUCCACUCGGCGCGUGACGAGGGCGCCAACAUCAUCACCGGUGGAGACAACUGGGGCACGGACGGGUUCUGGGUCCAGCCGACUGUUAUCGGCGACGUGCAUCAGGGCAUGAAGGUCGUGCGCGAGGAGAUCUUUGGCCCCGUCACUGCCGUCGGCGUGUUCAAGACCGAAGAGGAGGCGGUCAAGCUCGCAAACGACACGAGCUAUGGCCUCGCCGGGGCCGUCUUCUCGAACGACGCGAGCCAGGUUGCGCGGGUCACGGGCGCCAUUGACGCGGGCACCAUCUGGGUCAACCAGUACUCGUCCGUCUCGGCCGGCGUGCCCUUUGGCGGGUUCAAGCAGUCUGGCAUCGGGCGCGAGCUCGGCACGUACGGCAUCGAGGCGUAUACCCAGGUCAAGGCUGUCCACCAGAACAUUGGACAGAAGAUGGGAUGGCCGUUCUAG